CAGAAAGACAACUGUAUGAAGCAGAUACCUCUACUCUUCGUCUUGAUGUCUCGCAGAGAGAAGAAAGAUUACAAAGCAGUAUUCACCAGACUUGUCGAACUGAUUCCUCAGCAUAGAGUGCAAGCCUUUUGCUUAGAUUUUGAAGCUGGAGCCUGGUCAGCAGUAAAGUCCGUCUUUCCAACCGCCGACAUUAAGGGAUGUGCCUUCCACUGGGGUCAGGCUGUGAUGCGCAAAGUUGCCAACUUGGGAUUAAAGACAGCAUACUCUUCAGACAAAGCCGUCAACGUGUUCAUUAAGAAGGUGUUAGCUUUACCGUACCUGCCAGCAGGACACAUCCUCCCAGCUUAUAGACAACUUACAGUACCACCUACAUCACCUCUUCUUCACCAACUCAUGGUCUACAUCCACAGAGCGUGGUUACAGUGUUCCGUUUGGAGUGUGGCCCAAUGGUCAGUGUACCAGCUGUCCAUCCGUACCAACAAUGAUGUGGAAGGUUGGCAUCGUAGGUUCAACGGGAAAGCAAAUGGAAACAAGCUCCACUUCUACAAGAUGGUUCCAGCGCUCAUUAAAGAAGCCAAGACUGUUUCUAGACAAGUGCGUCUGGUAGAUGAACAGAGUCUUGCCCGUUGGCAGCGCACCAAGUAUCAACAGUCACAGGGACGCCUCUCUUCACUAUGGCAGCAACUUGAAGACGGUACCAUCACCACCUCCUUCUUCCUUCGUGCCGUCGGACACAUGUAUGACAUUCCUGUGCCAGACCCAGAACCAGAAGAAGACACUGACAGCGACUGAUUUAAUUAACACUGAGUGAACUGUAUGGCUUGUAAAAUGUUAGUUCAUAUGUGGCUACAAUCUGUAUGUUUAUAUAACAUUUAUUUAUUAAAUGCUUAAUGAGUAUUCUUUAUGUUUAGAAUAAUAUAGUUUGUUCUUGGUGAGCUAAUCAAAUUGAACCAUUAUAGUGCUGUACUGCGUAUGAUAGUAACUGUAUAUGUUAUUGUAGUGCUGCAAGUGUGACCUCUUUUAUAUUAUGUAAGCGACAGUGUAACUGUUAGUGUAAAUGAUUUAAAAGUUAUAUAUAUUUAUGUGAGUGUCAGAGAUAGUGUGUUUGUUAGUGUGUAUGAAUUUAUUGUUAUAUUAUAGUAGUGCUGAUAUUAUAUUUUUAGAGAGUGAACAUGUGCAUUCAGUGUAAUUAUUUUGUUAUUAUCUUGCAAUAAAGAAUAAUGGAUACUCAUAUAACUUGUUUUUUUUAUCUACACAGAACUAUUCAAAAUAUUGUCAACUUUAAAAAAAUAUAUUAACUAUAUUCGAUAUUACAAAAAAACAACAUGUGCCUCUGAUGUUACCUGAAAAAAAAAAAUACAAUUAAUUAUUAUAACA